AAGAGUUUUUUCGGAAUGAAAAUCAAAAGCUAAGCCAGAACAUCAGUUAUCGAAUUUGAAGAACUUGGGAUUUGUUUUGACUGAUUUAAUUUUAUUUUCCGGUAUAUCCGAAUUUUUUAGUACUUGUUUAGGAAGCAAUUUGAUAUUCUUAUAAACUCAUACUUGACCUUUAAGUUCACAACCUGUACCCCGGUACUCAGUACUCUUAACAACAUCGUUAUAAAAUCUGUAGCUUUAUAAACAAGACUUUUGUCGUAUAUUAAUAAUACUCCUCCCGAACUCAUUCACUUAGUUGUACGUUUGCAUUUCAAUACGAUCGGUCAAAAUGGAACGUUGGUCAAAUCGUGUCGCAGUUGUUACUGGAGCUAGUAGUGGUAUUGGAGAAGCUACAGCAGCUGAUCUUUGCAAAGCUGGGCUAAAAGUAGUUGCUUUAGCUCGACGUGAAGAUAGAUUGCAUGAAAACCGUUCAAAGCUUCCAAAGGAGUUACAAUCCAAAUUCUAUCCACGAAAAUGUGACGUCUCUAACGAAGCUGAAGUUAAAGAAACCUUCGAGUGGAUCGAAAAAACUUUAGGUGGAGUUGAUAUUCUUGUCAAUAAUGCAGGUGUCAAUAGAAUUGGAAAACUUGUUGAUAUGGAUACAGCUGAUAUAGAUACAGUUCUUAAUACAAAUGUUAAAGGUUUGGUUUACUGUACUCAAGCAGCUUACAAAAGUAUGAAAGAGAGGAAUUUUGCUGGACAUAUUGUGCAUAUUAAUAGCAUUGCUGGACAAAAACCUAUUGAUAUGGGGAAAGAUAUUAGUUUCAAUAUCUAUCCAGCUUCAAAGUAUGCAGUGACAGCGAUCAAUGAGACGUUAAGAAAUGAACUUCGUCAUCUUGGAACUAAGAUCAAAACAACCAGUAUUAGCCCAGGCCUGGUAAGGACAGAAAUUGGUACAAAAGUCUUUUUUGACCUUUUCGGAGAUGUAAUUUUGAAUCCAGAAGAUGUAUCUCAGGCAAUAUUAUAUGCAAUUUCAACACCUCCUCAUGUACAAAUUCAUGAAAUUACUAUUAAACCUGUUGGUGAAGAGGCUUAAAAAAGUGUUUUUCUAAAAAUAAAAUACUAAAUAUUUACUA